AAAUAUUAUUUCCUAGUAGCAAAUAAUAUUUGGACAAAAUGAAAACUACAACAUUAGGUAUGUUUGGUAUAACUAUACUGCUAGCAAUAGCAGUACAUCAUACAUCAUCACAUCCUGCUGCCUCAACACUUGAUAAAGCGGAAGUUUUGGAAAUUGUACCUGUUAAUGAUCAAGAAAACAGCCAAGAUAUUCAAGCCCAAAUUAGCGAACGAAAUAAGCGAACCAUUGGAAUGUUAAGGCAACUAUUUCCACAAUUAUCGGAGAUGAUCGACAAAAAAGUUGAAGAAAUAGUGCAAUACUUUGUACGUAUUAUUGGUCGUGCUGUCUUACAAGGUGGAUUGUUUGGUGGGGGCGGUGAUGAUGAUGACAGCGAAUCACGUUCAGCUGGAGGCAGCAGUUCCAGUAGUUCUAGCUCUGGUGGGUCAAGUCGUCGUGUCAGUAUAACUUUACCAACAUUCCCACCAGACGCAGAUGAUGAUGAUGACGAUGAUGACUCAAACGCAUCCGUUUCAACCCGUAGUGCAAAUUCAACGUCCACCGCCAGUGUUGCCGCAGCGCUCCAGGCGGCGGCGGACAAUAAUGAUAAUGCAUUAGUCGGUGCCGAAAGUCGAAAUAAUGAAGUGCGGGUUGCAUAUAAUAAAGAAGAUGAGCAAGAAGAAGAAGAAUUAAAUGAAGAUGAUGAUCAAGAUGCAGCAGCCUCAAACAACAACGGACCCGCAUUAGAUGACUUAGAUAAUGUAGAUACAUCCGACGACAAUGAUCGAAACAAACGAUUCUUAAGUUUUGGUAUUGGUGGUGAUGCAUCAGCAUCAGCUGGUGGAAGUGGAGGUGGUUCUGGCAAUUUUCUAUUCGACAUAAUUAGGCUCGUAGCUGGUAGUGGUACAAGUGAAGCAGCCGAUGAAGCCGCCAAUGGUGCUGAUGAUGGUACAGGAAAACAUGAUGGAAGUUACCAAGAAGGAAUUCCUGGACCAAUAACUAGAUUGUUUGUAAUUGCAAAUCGUGGAAUUUCCAAUUUAAUCCAGGACUUAAUAUUGAGACUGGCCCAGACAAGUGAAAGAAUCGUGAAUUUCAAGGCUCGUUUGAUUACAUCAUUAAUCUAAGACAACAGAUGACAUAGACAAAAAUUUUCAAUUUUUUAGUAAAAAAUUUUGUUCAAUAUUAAAAUU